AUGUCCUGCCUCCCUGAGGUGCACCCCUGCCUGCUCUGCUUUGGGCCCCCCCUUCAGCGGGCACGGCUUUGCCGUGACAUUACUGGGGUCUCUGUCAAUCACCCCAGUCAUAGACAAUGCCAUGAGGCCCUUGUUGGGGCUGCUAAACAACUUGCCUCUGUCACUGUAGGGCCAGGACAGGUUGAGGAGCUUCGGGAAAUCGUCAUGGAUGCCAUGGAUUAUAUAGAGGACCACAAGAGAAUGAAGCCCCUGAACGAGUCUCUGCGAAAAGCUGUCAACACAAUCUGGGCAAAGCUGAACCAGCUGGAGAAAGCUCCAGCCUGCAUCCCCCCGUGUGGGUUCCAGCCAGCUGCCCGCGUUUUCCGCUGUGCUAGCUGCAGCCUCGGGGACUGCCAGUUCAGCCUGGACUGCCCAGUGCAGGACCUGUGGACCUACACAGACGAGACCAUCGUGCUGCGCUGCAGUGUGCCCUUCCCCAUCCCCGCCGGCCUGCCCGUCACCUGGAUGUUUGUCCCAAAUCUGCGCACACAGGACAUGACACUGUUCAAGAAGCUCAAGGGGGAUCCAGAGAAGCCCUUCAGUCUGACCAUUGAGGAACCCGCUCCUGGAACCGUUGCCUGUCGCCUGGGGGAACCUUCCAAGCCCAUCAUCCGCAAGUUCUUCUACCUCAACGUGUCAGAGGGAAGCGUGGAGGAAGAGAAAGGACUCCAGGCUAUGUUCAGCACUGUGCUGCACUGGGUCGAUGACAAGACCGCCCUGCCCCACGUGCCCACCAUGGGGCUGGCUCUGGGUGUGGGCUCCAUGACAUUCAUUCUGCUGCUGGUGUGA